UGCAUGAGGCAAGGGGGGGGGGCCCGUGUCUGAGAGGGAAGCGGCGGGGGCCGCCGGACGCUGUGCGCCUGCGCGGAGGGGACCCCGGCUGCCAUUUUGCAGCGUCAGGCGGCGGCGAGGCCUCCCCGGCAGCUGCGCAGAGGGGCCGCGCUCGCGCGCCGCGGCUGAGGGGAGCCGGCGGGGAGGGCGGUGCAGGCCAAUGAGUUGAAGAGUCGCCGCUCGGGCAGGAGCCGCGCCGCUGCCGCCCCGCGGAGUUCGGGCUUUGCCUCCCCUCGCUUUCCCGCUCCUCCCUUCCACACCGACAGCCGCUUUUCCCGGGCCGCCCCCGCCAGCUCUCCUUCCCUUCCUUUCCUUCCUCUGUCCCUGCAGCCGUGCCUGCCCCGGGGCCGCCCGCACCAUGCCGUCCGUGCCGCUGCCGCCCAAGGAGAGCAACCUCUUCAAGCGGAUCCUGAAAUGUUACGAACAAAAACAGUACAAAAAUGGACUCAAGUUCUGCAAGAUGAUCCUCUCUAACCCAAAAUUUGCUGAACAUGGAGAGACGCUGGCAAUGAAAGGACUGACCCUGAACUGCUUAGGGAAGAAGGAAGAAGCAUAUGAAUUUGUUCGUAAAGGACUUCGUAAUGAUGUAAAGAGUCAUGUCUGUUGGCACGUCUAUGGUCUUCUGCAACGUUCUGAUAAGAAAUACGAUGAAGCCAUCAAGUGUUACCGGAAUGCACUCAAGCUAGAUAAAGAUAAUCUACAGAUCUUGAGAGAUCUCUCUUUGUUACAGAUUCAGAUGAGGGAUUUGGAAGGAUACAGAGAGACAAGAUACCAGCUACUUCAGCUGCGCCCCACACAAAGGGCUUCCUGGAUUGGAUAUGCCAUUGCAUAUCACUUACUAAAAGAUUAUGAUAUGGCCUUAAAACUACUUGAAGAGUUUAGGAAAACCCAACAGAUUCCUCCUAAUAAGAUAGAUUAUGAAUAUAGUGAACUGAUUUUAUAUCAAAAUCAAGUGAUGAGAGAGGCAGAUCUAUUUCAAGAGUCUUUAGAACAUAUAGAGACUUAUGAAAAGCAAAUAUGUGAUAAAUUAAUAGUAGAAGAAAUCAAAGGAGAGAUGUUGCUGAAGUUGGGAAGGCUGAAAGAAGCUGGUGAAGUAUACAAAGAGUUAAUUGAGCGCAAUGCAGAAAACUGGUAUUAUUAUGAAGGCUUAGAAAAGGCCCUACAACCUAGCACUUUAGAAGAGAGGCUUCAGAUUUAUGAAGAAGUUAGUAAAAGACAUCCCAGAGCAGUUUCACCUAGAAGAUUACCUUUAAACUUUGUUUCAGGUGAAAAAUUUAGAGAACUAUUGGAUAAGUUCCUGAGGGUUAACUUCAGUAAAGGCUGUCCACCCUUGUUUACCACUUUGAAAUCUUUAUAUUACAAUCCAGAAAAGGUUUCUACAAUCCAAGAACUUGUUACAGGUUAUGAAACCUCUUUGAAAACUUGUGAUCUUUUUAGUACAUGUGAAAAUGGAGAGAAAGAGCCCCCAACGACACUGCUUUGGGUUCGGUAUUUCCUGGCACAACACUUUGACAAACUUGGACAGUGUUCUCUGGCCUUGGAUUACAUUAAUACUGCAAUUGCCAGCACUCCAACAUUGAUAGAACUCUUCUAUUUAAAAGCAAAAAUUUACAAGCAUGUAGGUAACCUCAAGGAAGCUGCGAAAUGGAUGGAUGAAGCACAGUCUUUGGAUACUGCAGACAGAUUUAUCAAUUCUAAGUGUGCUAAAUAUAUGUUGAGAGCAAAUAUGGUCAAGGAUGCAGAGGAGAUGUGCUCUAAAUUCACAAGGGAAGGAACUUCUGCUAUGGAGAACCUAAACGAGAUGCAGUGUAUGUGGUUCCAGACUGAAUGUGCUGCAGCUUAUCAAAGGUUAGGGAAGUACGGUGAUGCCUUGAAAAAAUGCCAUGAAGUAGAAAGGCAUUUUUUUGAGAUAACGGAUGAUCAAUUUGACUUCCACACAUACUGCAUGAGAAAGAUGACUCUUCGUGCCUAUGUAGACCUUCUGAGAUUAGAAGAUGUGCUCAGGAAACAUGCAUUCUACUUCAGGGCUGCUCGAUCAGCAAUUGAAAUUUACUUGAAGCUCCAUGAUAAUCCUCUUACCAAUGAAAGCAAAGAACAAGAAGUGAAUUCAGAAAAUCUCUCAGCCAAAGAAUUGAAAAAAAUGCUUAGUAAGCAAAGAAGAGCACAGAAGAAAGCAAAACUGGAAGAGGAAAGAAAACAUGCAGAAAGAGAGCGACAACAAAAGAAUCAAAAGAAAAAGCGAGAUGAAGAGGAGGAGGAAACUAGUGGGCCCAGGGAAGAGCUGAUUCCUGAAAAACUGGAAAGGGUAGAAAAUCCAUUAGAAGAAGCCAUUAAAUUCCUUAUACCACUUAAGAAUCUUAUUGGAGAUGAGAUAGAAACACAUUUAUUAGCGUUUGAAAUAUACUUUAGAAAAGGAAAGUUUCUGUUAAUGUUACAGUCUGUCAAAAGAGCUUUUGCUAUCGACAGUAAUAACCCAUGGCUACAUGAGUGCUUGAUUAAAUUCUCUAAAGCUGUAUCUGACCAUAGUAACCUCCCAGAAAUUGUGAGCAAGGUCCUAACUCAAGAAAUGCAGAAAAUCUUUGUUAAUAAAAACUUGGAAAGUUUUAAUGAAGAAUUUCUCAAACACAAUGCUACCUCCAUUCAGCACCAGCUGUCAGGUGCAAAGAUGAUGUAUUUCCUGGACAAAUCAAGACAAGAAAAAGCAAUUGCUGUUGCUACUAGGUUGGAUAAAAACAUGAGAGACAAAAAUGUGAAGACAUUAACAAAGGUUUUUGAGGCACUGCUUGAUGGCAGUUUUGGAAGCUGCCACACUCAAUGUGAAGAAUAUCAAGCAGCAUGUCAUAAACUGUUUCCUUAUACGUCUGCCUUUAUGCCUGCCACAAAUGAGGACGAUAGCAGCAUUGCAUCUGUGAAUCAUACAGCCAUUAACCAUGAUUUGCUUUCUAAUGAAAUUUGAAGUAGUGUGUGCAAGCCAGUGUGUGUGUGUGUAUACCUACAUGCACACAUGUAUACAGAACUCUUGACUCUCAUUACAUGCUGGCUGGAUACAGAUCAGGGUUACUUUUCCAGGUUGUAUUUUAAAACUUUAACAGGUAUAAAACAAAGUAUUUGGAUAGUUAAAUGAAAUGGAUUAUGCUAUUAGUUUUUUUUUCUCCCAACAAAAACUGCCAAUAUUUAUGUAAACAUUAUCCUUAAUCAGCAUUUUUCAUGUUUAUACUUGUACAGUUUUAAGUCUUUUAAUAAUCCAUCAGCCUUCCCUCACAAAAAUAUGGAUGUUAAAGACUGCUUUCACGUAAGUGUUGUUACAUAUACAGACAAAUGUGAUCAUAUCUUGUUAAUAAAUUAUCAUUUGAGCAUUUUUAGCAGAUUAAGACUGAAGUGCUGCUUGAAUUGCCCUCUUUGUCUUUUACUGUUCUUCAAGGGUUUUUUCUGUUGCGGUCCCGUAUCCCCCCACCCCUUUUUUUUUCCUUUUUAAUCUUUGGUCAUUUUGGUUUCUUUGGAAGCCCAGUGACAAUGAGAGCAUUGAGGGUUUGCAUGUUUUUGUCAGGUGUGUGUCUUAUAUGGAACCAGUGUUGAUGCAUAUGAAGAUUGUGUAAAAAAAAAAAAAAACCAACAAAAAACAAACAAAAACCCCCCAAAAAUUAAGAA